GCGAAAGCAUACUAAAGACAAGGCAAGCAGCAGUAGGAGCUUGAAGAAACCAAGGAGGAAAAGGAAGAAGAGGACGAGGGAGGAAGAGGAUGAUCCCAACACAUCAGAUGAUGAGAGCAGCGAAGAAAGGAGUGACAUCAGAAGCAGCAGCAGCAGUGGUAGUAGUAGUGAUGAUGAUAGUGAGAGCAGUGACACUGUAAGCGGCAGUAAUAGUAGUGAAGAGAUUGAUAGCGAGGAUAGCAGGGGGGAAAAGCGGAGGAAGCAGACCAAAAAGAGGAACCGCAAAGGCAGGAGGAAAAAGUCAGAGAAAGGGAGGAAGGAGGAGCGGAGGAAGAAGGGAAAGGACAGAAAGAAAGACAGGCACAAAAAGAGGAAAAGGCGUGAAGGCAGCAGGAAGGAAAAGGGGAACGAUGGGAGUCAAGGAGGGGUGGGAGGGAAGCUGCCCAACAAUGCGGGGCCGCCUGGGAAUGAGAUGCUGGCGAAUGGAGCAGCAGGGGCGGAUGAUGACGGGCGCAACGACCUCAAGAAAUCCUUUGGUGACCUGCAUGCGCGCAUGGUAGAGCAGGUGGAGCAGAAGGAGGUGCUUCGGCAACGCGCACAGCACGCAAAGGAACAACUGCGGUCAGGCGAGUGGAGGAAGGCACAGGACGAGCAGGCCAACAUGCAACGUUUCUUUGGCUCUGUUGACUGGAGGGAGCAAAAGAAGCUUCAAAUGGAAAAGAAAAAACUGGAGCGCACAGUGCAUGCGGGAAACAAGCUGGCGAAGUUGGAGGCGAAGGAGGCUGCGAGGAUGGACGCUUUCCGAGCUGCG